CACAGGAAAUAAAAGGAAAAGGAGAAAGAGCGGAGGAGUUGCAGAGAGAGAGAGAGAGGGAGCUGGAGUUUGCUUUUCUCACGAAGAAUUGCGACUUGUUUUUGGCGCUGGUUUGGUAUCCUUUUGGGCUCUUGUUGAUCUUAAGAGUCUCCUCCUUCACUUUGGGGGAGCUCUGAAGCUGGGUCUUCUUUAGGUACUGCUACCCUUCUUUUGAGCUCGGGUGUUAGCAGGAAAGAAAUGAUGGAGGUGAUGAUUGGGUGGUGAGUUUUCUCAUAGGGAGUGUGAGUGUUUAAUGAAUGCCUCUCUUCCCUCUCUAUGUAUGCCUUGUUAUCCUGCACUUUUCUGCUUUCCAUGAGGCAGAUGGGUAUCAUGGUUUAUCAGGGCCGUCAAGAUUAAAGGGGAAAGGGAUUCAGGUUUUCUGUUGCCUCUGAUUGUGGGGUUUGAAAAGAUGCCAUUGUUUCACUUGCCUUCUUGGAAGAAGGAUGGGGAGCUUACCCAUGUGCUGGAUCUGGAGUGUGCCACUGUCAUCAGCAAGGAUGAGAUUCCAUCAGGUGAGAAGUUGGAUCUGAAGAUGAUGAUUGGGGAGCUUGAGGCCAUUGAAGUGCCCUCCGUUUUCAUCUGCCCUAUCUCAUUGGAGCCUAUGCAGGACCCUGUGACCCUCUGCACUGGCCAGACCUAUGAGAGAGGCAACAUCUUGAAGUGGCUCUCUAUGGGGCACUUCACUUGCCCAACCACCAUGCAGGAGCUGUGGGACGAUUCCAUCACUCCUAACAAGACCCUUUACCACCUCAUCUACAGCUGGUACUCUCAAAAGUAUCAGCAGCACAAGAAGAGGUCUGAGGAUGUGCAGGGCAGGGUUACCGAGCUCCUGGACACCCUCAAGAAGGUGAAGGGGCAGGCCAGGGUUCAGGCGCUGAAGGAGCUUCAUCAGGUCGUCGCUGCCCACGCGUCCGCGAAGAAGACGGCUGUCGACCAGGGCGGGAUCGGUCUGAUCGCUUCCCUUCUUGGGCCUUUCACUUCCCAUGCGGUUGGCUCAGAGGCAAUCGCCAUUCUUGUCCAUUUGGAUCUCGAUUCGGAUGCCAAGCAGAAUCUGAUGCAGCCCGCCAAGGUGUCGCUGUUGGUGGACAUGCUGAAUGAAGGAACGGUCGAGACGAAGAUCAAUUGUACCAGGCUCUUUGAAUUGAUGGUAGGCGAGAGGGAUUUCAGAUCGGAAAUAGUAUCAAGCCUCAGUUUGUUAGUGGGUUUGCUGAGAUUAGUGAAGGAUAAGCGGAACCCGAACGGGACAGCAGCCGGCCUCCGGCUGUUAAGGACUGUUUGUUCCUAUAAACAGGUGAAGGAUUUUGUUGUCAGCGUUGGAGGGGUGCCUCAGUUGGUGGACCUCAUGCCGCAGUUGAAUGCGGACUGUCUAGAGGAUGCCCUCUUCAUCUUGGACCUUCUCUCGACGAUACCGGAAGGACGGAUGGCUCUCAAGGAUUGCCCUUGUACAAUACCCAACUUGGUGAGGCUGAUUAUGAGAGUUUCAGAGAACUGUACUCAGUAUGCGCUGUCCGUCUUGUGGGCAGUGUGUAAGCUGGCGCCAGAGGAGUGCGCUUCUGUUGCUGUGGAAGCUGGAUUGGCAGCCAAACUUCUGCUUGUAAUACAGAGUGGCUGCAACCCGGCUCUCAAACAACGGUCCGCUGAGCUUCUGAAGCUAUGUAGCCUCAACUACACGGCUACCAUUUUCAUUUCCAAGUGCAAACUCACAAGAACAAUGCAGUGAGUCUUUGGCGCCGUUUGGUAAUGUACAUCUCAUAUGUUGAAACAGUAGAUGGGUGCUGAAAAUAUCUUAUUCGUGGAGAGUACUAGUGGUUGAAGCUUUAAUCUGUGGAUGCCUUGCGAGUGAGAAACAGAUGGGAGGCUCAUAAUUGUAAAGAUGGAGGUUAUGAUGCUUCUGCUGUUUGGGAGGUAAUCUCCUUUCCCUUUGUGUAUUCCAAGCCUAUAUGCAGUGCUUCUUUUACGUUUUUUUAUGCACAAGGUGUCUCUGAGGCUAAGAUCCUUGGGCAUUUCCCUUUACAAUGAUCUGAACCCAUAUGUGGGGUUGAAGUCACUGCUCGACUCGCCGAAAAGUUUUGAACAGUACAAGAUAUCGCUGGAUCUCAUUGUUUGCUUCGCCCUUGAAAAAGUUUCCUCUUGGUGGGGAUGAGCAAAUGCACAUUAGAGUGCGUUUCUUCUUUGAAGAUCCAUGAAGCAGCGCGUAAAUUAUUUCAUGGACUGGAAUUAGAGGGGCACACCCUUCAUCUAGAAGAAUGGGGAGACUGUGAAGAAGACUGCGCAAUAAUUCAAAAUAAGUUACGAAGAGCAUUGAAGCUUUGCACUCAAAUAAGUUGCUGGUACUUGUUUGGCAUCGCAUGCAGUCGCCUACAAGUUACUAAGGUUUUGCUGAAGAGCGCCUGCCUGAUGAUAAUCCUCUCCAUGCUCUGCUAUUGUACGUUGAAAUGCUUGUCUCAUCCAGUGAUGCUGUUAAUGCUAGUUUUGUUUAAUAUGGGAAGGGGGGGUAAGUUCCCCACGAUUUUAUAGUACAGAUUGUAAGAGAAUCCAGACCUUCUUUACUCUAUUCGGAUGUAAAUUCGUUGCUCAUGAUGCCAUUUUUCAGCUUUUUGGCUGAACUUGUUGCAAUUGAAAGAUUUCUACUUGUAUUUCUUUUGUCAA